GUGAAGAUGGCUUCCACAGCGGCUAUGCUAACCGAGUCUGUUCUGGGCUGGUCUAUAUUCACUAUUGUGCUCCUGCUCAUCCUGGUCUUCUGCUGGAUCUACGUCCGGCGGUACCAGAGUCGGCAGGAGAGCGAGGUGGUGUCCACCAUCACGGCGAUGUGCGCCCUGGCCGUGGCCCUGAUCACGUCCGCUCUGCUCCCGGUGGACAUCUUCCUGGUGUCCUUCAUGAAGUCCCCCAACGGCACCUACAAGGACUGGGCGGCGAGCAACGAAACACGGGUGCGAAUCGAAGACACCGUCCUGCACGCUUACUACACGCUGUACUCCAUCAUCCUCUUCUGCGUCUUCUUCUGGAUUCCGUUCGUUUACUUCUACUAUGAGGAGAAGGACGAGGAUAACGGCAGCAAGUGCUCGCAGGUGAAGACCGCAGCCAAGUACACGACUGGAUUCGUCAUCGUCUGCGCCGCACUGUUCUUGAUCGGGGCGUUUGCACCACUGCAGCCUCCGCCCAAGCAUAACUCCACCCAGUGGGAGAAGGUGCAGUACCUGUUCGAGGAGCUGGGCAGCAGCCACGGUCUGGAGGCUCUGGCUUUCUCCAUCAGCACCCUGACGCUGAUCGGCAUGCUGGCGGUGAUCACCUACACUGCGUACGGCAUGUCGGCGCUCCCCCUGAACCUGAUCAAAGGAACCCGCGUCGUCCACUACGAGCUCCUGGAGAACACCGAGGACGCGGAGGACGUGGAGCAGCAGAUAGACAAGCUGAAAGCCAAGUGUGCGGACGGGCGGCCCCUCUCGGUGAGAGACCGGAGGAACCUGCAGGACCUGGAGGAGAAGCUUCGGACGCUGCGCCGGAAGGGUCGCCACCUGGAGAACGCCCAGAAGGGCUGCUGCGCCAGACUGGGCGGGGCCCUGCGUCCCAUAAAGGUGUUACUGGGCGUGUUCUUCAUCCUGGUGGCUCUGCUCUUCUUCGUCUGCUUGUUCAUUUCUAAUCUGGAUAAAGCCCUGAACUCGGCCGGGAUCAGCACCGGCUUCAUCGUGUUCGGUACCAACCUGACCAACCCCCUGAACGAGCUGCUGCUGGCCAUGCAACCGGUGUUCCCUCUGGACUACCUGCUGAUCGUGGUCAUCACCGGCUACUUCAUCCUCACCUCCAUGGCGGGAAUCCGUCACAUGGGCGUCUGGUUCUUCUGGAUCAGGCUGUAUAAGAUCCGCCCGGGCCGGACCCGCCCUCAGGCUCUGCUCUUCCUCUGCAUGAUCCUGCUCCUCAUCGUCCUUCACAGCAGCUACAUCAUCUACAGCCUCGCCCCGCAGUACGUCAUGUACGGCAGCCAGCGCUACCUGCUGCAGACGCCCCUGACCACCUCAGACGAUCCACCUCAGAGGAACCGAACCACUGGAACCACCGUCAAGAUCUGUGACGCCGACGCCCCUGAGGACCAGUGCACCAUGACCAGGUCCUACCUGUUCCUCCACAAGUUCUGGUUCUUCAGCACCGCCUACUACUUCGGGAACUGGGCGUUCCUGGCCGUGUUCCUGAUCGGUCUGGUGGUGUCGUGCUGCCGGGGGAAGAAGUCGGUGAUCGAGGGGGAGGUGGAGGACGACGACUCCGACUGCAGCGACGACGAGUACGUGCGUUAGCGAGGCCUGCACUCCGCCCUGCCUCUCCAACCCUCGAUUUCUAUCGUUUUGUGAUAAUAAUAAUAAUAAUAAAGCUUUUUUUCUUUGUGUGGUUUUGGGCUAAUACAAUAACCCCAGGUGAAUUCUGGGAGACAUCCUUACCGCAUGUAGAGCUCUCCUACCGGCCACAGGGGGCAGUGUCGGGUACUUGUCUGCUGGGUGGGAACUAAAAGGAGAGGCCAAAAAAAUUGGGGGCGGGGUCUUCAAAGCUGCGUAAGGACGUCUGCCCGGAUACUUAGCCAAUCGUAGACGAGUAAACACUCGGUCCAAAUCCGAGAGGUCGUGGGCCAUCGUGAUGGACCCCUGAGCGACCCCUCUGAGUCACCAGCGCCCCCUACUGGUCAUAUGAAGCUUCCAGAAAUCGCACCCUGAUGUACAGUAAAUGUUUUAAAGAUUUAUUAGAAUGACUGUCGCUGUCCUGCUGUGUUCUAUACUGUCAAAAGUAUCCGGACACCCGAGCGUAAGCUUGUCGGACGUCCCCAAACCGUGUCGGGGCUCUGUGCAGGACACUGGACACUUUCUUGCUUUUUAAACCAGAAAUUAUAGGGCUGUCCCAAUACUUUUGACCGUAUACUCGUUGAAUGGACAGUUGUGUUUCUGUAUUAAAAAUGUUUCUAUCUACAAAUCUGACAUUAAAAUACGUUUUAAUUCCUCGAA